AUGGCGAUAUUGUCGAAGGCGCGAGAACAUAACUGUGCAGCAGCCUUUCUGGAACCUGUCGCGUGGGAGGACGUACCGGGGCUGCAGGACUACCCUCUUGUUGUGAAGCGCCCGAUGGAUCUGGGUACGAUUUCGGCAAAAGUGGAGAAGGAAGGCGAAGAUGCUUAUGAUGAUUUUGGGGAGUUUGAGGACGACCUCAAUCUGAUAUGGGAUAAUUGUCAUCUUUUCAAUCAACCAGGAUCGUACAUAUAUAAAAUGGCUACAAAAAUGCGUUCGUAUUGUCAAAGCCUCUGUGCGUCUUGUAUCGCUGCUCGCAAUAGGAAAAAACGAAAAGUGAGUCACUCGUCAGAAGGAAAGCAGUCGAAGAGUCGGCGCUCAAGUGUGACAAUCAGCGAUAAGCCAUCUCGAGGGGAGGCUAAGGCUGAGGGGGAAUACCCCUUUGCCACAACAGAAGUCGCCCCUCCACUGGACAAGGCGGCCGUAGAUGAACUGCAUGCCGCGAAGCUCCGUCUCGGAUGGAGACUCCACAGUUCUCUAUCUCCUAAGGAGUUGGCGCUCGUCGUGGAGUUCAUGCGCUCCCGUAAGACUACAGCGUUAAAGCCGCUCGGCCCGCCAGACCAAGACACUGGGGCAGAAUCUCUACUAGUCGAUAUCGACUAUCUCUCUGCACUCGAUUACGGCUGUUUUACUGACAGAAAGUUCAUGAGAAAACCAUUGUCGUGUUACAAGUCUCAAGGCGGUGGCGAUAUCCUCUUCUAUCAAGGCAAAUUCGAAUACUUAGUGUUGCGUCUUAACUGA